CUGAAAAAUCUAAGGCAAAAACUACUAAUGCACACGGUGGAGUUGGGAUUACAAGCAUUCUUAAGCCUGAAAUUAAUGUUGUUCAUGGAGAUAAAGAUAUGAAUAACAAUUAUAUUAGCAAUACAAGUAACGACGAAACAAUUAUUGGUGGAACAGAAAUAGACUAUUCUGUAGAUGAUAAUAAGUCUUGGUUACAAUCUCUUAAUAAUGCAGCUAAAUGGAAAAUAAUCGGAUACGAAGACGUUUAUUCACUUUUUGAAUUAUUAAACGAAGAAUUGAAAAAAAAAGCAUCGAGCAUCAUGGGUCAUCAAAUUUUAGAAGAUAAGAAUCCAUAUAUACAUCAAUUGCCGGAAAUCAAAAAUAUUAGCGAGUGCAAUAUUCUUGCAUCAAUUAUAAGUGAGGAAAACAAUGUAUUUUCGCUACAUAUGAAUUAUAUGGACGGUGAUAAAAACCGUCCAGUGAUUGUAAUUCACCAUAUACAAGGCAAAAAAGUUAAAGAUGUUAAAAUUAAGCUCGGAUGGAUUAUCAUUGGACCACCAGCAAGCUUCGAUUUUAUUAUCCAAUAUCCACUAGUAUUUAAAAGCAAGAAAUAUCAGUUCAGAGAUAAAGUUCUUAUAAAAAGUAACAAUAGCAUGUUUGGCAUUUGUGUCUUAGAAGCACCUAACAUUACUUCUCAAGUAGAAAACGGUUCAGAUAUAAGAACGCUUACUUCCCAUCAAAUAAAAUACGAUCCAAGAAAGUCACCAUUUGCUAUUGGCAAUUAUCUUAUACGCCAAGAGCUUGAACCUCAAGUGGUUGCGCAAUGGUUUUUUUAUGACAUUAAAGCUAAAAAAAAUGUAACCGACCAAAAAAUCUUGGAAAGAUUGUCUUUAUAUAGUUG